AUGGGUGGAAAUUCCAAGGGUCCCGCGCAGCCGGAGGGGAAGGAACAUUGGACCAACGCCUCUCAGCUUGAACCCCGCUGCUUCCCGUCUCUUUCGUUGCGCCUUCUUGUCCUGUCCUGUCCUGUCCUGUCUUGUAUCCAUCUCGCGACCAGUUUGCAUUUCGCUGCUGCUUUCUUGAGCCUCGCCCGUGGUGGUGCGAACCCAUCUGCGAUUCGCGAACGCCCAUCUCGCCGUCGCUUCGGGAUCUCGGCAUUCAGUCUUCACUUAGGCUGUAGCUUCUUUUGCUGGUCCCCUCACCUGCUUUCUCCUCUCCUCCAAUCCCCAACCUCCAAACGCCCCCUCUUCAAGGGAAAAAAAAGAAGGGACUCCUCUUUCGCCAACAACGGAGCCGCAUUGGAACGAUUGGAACCACACACCAGCCAGCCCGGCCAGGCUUCGAACCGCAAACAGCACAAGCUCCAUUUUCUCGUUUCUCGUUUCCUCGUCUCAACGGCCGGUAACGCGCACCCGGGCGGCAGAGAGAAAAAAGAAGGAGAAAGAAGACCAAUCCAGAAGCACGCAUCAUUGCCUUGCCUUGCCUUACCUAAGGAGGUACAUCUAACCGCCGCAACUGGGACCUCUCAAAUCCCGAAUUGUCUUUCCCACAUCCAUUACCCGCCUCCGGCCACCAACACCGGCAUCCCGAACCAGACACACAGAGACACCCGACCACACACGCCAGGACCUGAAGAGCCCGCCGCCUGCGCGCAAAACUCCACGCCGCACGCGCUCAUCACCCCCGAUCGGCCGCCCGGCUGGCCCCCCGUCACAGGUCUGGAGAAAAGCAGCUAUCGCCACCACGGUCUGUUAGGCUCUCAAAGCGGCAGACAGCGAGCUGCAUCUGUAGCUGCCACCGCAUCCGUGACGUCCUCCACCACCAUCUUCACCUCCGCUGCUCACGCCGCCGACGACACCCGGGCCUCCAUCGAUGAUCUUACCCCCGAGGAGGCCAACCGCAUCAUCCACUCUCACCGCAAGGUCAGAUAUGGCACCGCUUGCUGGCCAUGUCGCCAACGCAAGGUAAAGUGCGACAACAAACAACCAUGCGAAAACUGCGUCAAGCGAGAACACCCACAACUAUGCUCCUACAAGCCCAAUCGCACAGCCUCUCACGGUACAAACCACAAGGCCGCCGGCUCCGUCACAACAGAGGGCGGCAAUAGCAAUGCCGGCGGUAAUGGUGCCAGCACCACAACCGCACCGACUACAGCAGGUAACGGCACGGCUUCAUCAGUGCUCAAUCGAAAAAGACUGCAUUCGCCCGAAGAUCCUGCCGCGGACGCCGCCGCGGGUCAACCUCCCUUAAAGCAGGAACCCGGCAGCGCGACCUGGCCACGCGCGGCCAUCGGUAAGUCAUCAUUGUCGUCUUCACUGCCGCAUAACCAGCACAUCCAUCCUGGUUCGAGACCUUUUGCUUCUGCAGCAUUGUCGUCGUCGUUUAUGGGAAACAACAACGGGUUGUAUACUGAUAAGCUCCCCCGGGGACCAGUAGCUGCAGGCGUGGUGGACGAAACCGAGGCCCCCGAAGCCGUCACGCGGUAUCUCGGCCAAAAUAGUAUCCCCUCCCUUUUGAGGGAGCAGUCCGGCGCCAACGACCUGCAAGAGGGCGUCGAUAUACGGCAGGAUAUGAGGUCCAUUCUCGGACUCGAUACCUCUGCGCCCUUUCCGCUCAUGUCAUCAAAACAUCUCGAUAGUCUAACGAGGGAGAUAUCGGCGGAGCUGCCCUCGGAUCGAGAAGUCAUGAAGCUGUUCCGCACAUACAAAGAAACUCCCCAACAAUUCUGGGGCUUCGUCGUCGAUAUUGAUGACCUCGAGUCUAAGCUCAUGGUCUACCUCGAAGACCGCGCGCGCAACGCGAGCAACGCCGCACGCACGCCGAAACCCGUAUCCGCUUCAUGGCUCGCCAUUCUUUUUGCAUUGCUGGCCGUUGGGUCGCAAUACCACGACUCGCCGUAUCAUAUCCGCACGCGGGACUCCCAAAAACCCACAUUCGAUUCCAUCCAAGCUCUCUUGCUCACCAGCUUCGUCCUUCUCAAUGACAUGAAGGCCGAGGCCUCGUGGGCCCUGCUUGGUCUGACCUGCAGGCUGGCUCAGUCUCUCGGCCUGCACCGGCCGAAUCCCUCUGACGGACGGGACAGCGCCCGGAAUGAUGGACAGUCCAAAGAGAUGAUCCGCCGGAAGCUGUGGUGGACAUGUGUGUGGCACGAUACGCUCACAUCACUAUCCUUUGAUCGUCCUCCCAUGACAAACAUCCCCUGCUGCCCGAUUCCGACAGUAGCAACCACCAUUGCCGGCGAAUACGGCUACUUGGACACAAUGUAUCACCUCUGCGAAAUCAUCUCGCGGCGUCUGAACCCAGACGUGGCAACGACAGUAAGCUACGAGCAAAUGGUUGAAAACUGCGAAGCUGUCGAAAAUCUCCGCAACAACGUCGCCCCCAACAUUCGCAUCAAGGAACAGUGCAAACGCGCCAUCGACCGCCUUCAGCACUACGCCGUCCGCCUGCACACCUCCUUCGUCAUCUCCGUCUGCUGCCGCCCCGCCCUCCGCCGCGACUGCACUAAGCUCACCCCCGAGCAGAAGCGUCAUCUCUCGGACAAGUGCCAGCACAAUCUCGCCGAGACGGUCCGCAUGUUCCUCGCCAUGCACCAGCUCUCCGUCAUUCCUACGCGCAGCUGGGCGUUUACGUAUCACGGCCUCUCGUCCGCACUGCUCCUCGGUAUUCUGGGUGAGACGAAGAACAGCCCCGAGGUCCGUCAGCUGCAGGGCGACCUCAUCGCCGCGCUGUCCGCAACGGCCGCGAAGGAGGCCACCUCGCCCACGGCUCACAUCCCCAAGACGGACAAGGAUAUCGAGCUGUCUGGACCAUUAUGGAGAGCGCUGACGGCGCUGCGUAACAUUUACGAACAUGGCACCAUCAUGGGUACGUCGCAGAUGAAGGGGACCGACUCCAGCGGCACCGGAAGCGGGGCGAGGACGCCGCUGCCGCCGAUGCUCAUGGGCCCCAUGGGCAAUAACGUCAACGGGAACAAUGACGGGAAGCCGUUCGGCAUGGAUCCCCACCAGGACGCGGCUCUCGCCAUGGCCGAGAUGCAAAAUGGUACAGCGAUGACGGAGUACACACCAAAGCACGUAAUCUCUGAACCUCCCAUUCGCGAUCCUUUCGUUCCUCGGAUGAUGCUAACAAGUCUCAGCAUGGGAUACCCACCCGUCAGCAUGGAUAACAUUGCCAACCUGGACCCGUCAACAUACAUGUCCCCAAUGGAUCUCUACGAAUCAAUCUGGUGGGAAUCGCCCGACCCCUGGAACAGCGGCGUCGAUACCAUGAACUUUGAUUUCGUCGCCCAACCGCCGCCGGGCCAGCCCCAGCAGCAGUACUAUUUUUGA